AUGGCGUACGCCGCGUGGCUCCCAUCACCAAACAAAGAUCCCAGCGAUAUACUCACCCGGCUGGACAAGCAUUUCCGAAACUUCUGGCGGCAACUUAAGCACAAGAUGCAUCCACCCGCCCCAUCACUGACAAACACUAACCCACAUCGGAGUCGGCUCCCAGAGUCUGCAACCCCACAAGCA